CUGAACUUUUUUUCCCCCUGAGAGCCAGUCAUUCAGAGGUACAGCUGGCACAGCCUGAUUGUUCUGCCCCACCGAGAGCAUGGAGCGGACACGAGGGGCCAGGGGCUAGAAGGGCAGAUCCUGUGUCCCCAGCCGGCUCAGCUGUGUCACCUGCCUGGGGCCGGGGUCUAGAAGGGCAGAUCCUGUGUCACCAGCCGGCUCAGCUGUGUCACCUGCCUGGGGCCGGGGUCUAGAAGGGCAGAUCCUGUGUCACCAGCCGGCUCAGCUGUGUCACCUGCCUGGGGACGAGACCUGCGUAACGCCGUCAGCUGAGAGAAACGUGGGCUCCUGCUCUCCUUGACCUUUCUUCACCUUGGAGAAGUGCAGAAUGGACCGUGGUUGGUAAUUCCCCACCUCCUCGGCCCCGGGAGAGUGAGGAAAGUUCAGCAAUGCCUGUGGUGGGAGCGAGGAGCCGGGCUGGUUGGCAGCAGCUUACACAUUAAGCCCUCGUAGCAAACGCGCGCCGCGCUCUGACAAGAGAUGUAACCCGAGGAGAAAGGACACCAGUGUGUUUGAGCACGCUGAGGGAUUCUUGUGUGACUUGUUACUCUUUCAGUGCUGUAGCCUGAGCAGGUCUUACUGGUUUUUACCGAAGUGGUGGGAGCUGAAUGGGGUGUGGGCUCGUUUCUAUUCGUCCACAAGCAUCUCUACAAUCUUCUCUUCUCUUUUUUAAUUCCCCCCUGGAUAUAAAUCAGAGAAAUUGUGUCCAUCGAAUUUGCUGCCACCUGGGCUCAACCCAGCUGAACCAAUUUUGGAGGAUACCCUUGCUGCAAUCGUCUGGACGUGCUCCUAGGAGGAGAAGAAACUAAAGGAAUUUGGCAUCGUUGCAGUAGUUUGAGGAAAAACAUUCCUUCUGGCUUUGGAGAGAGCUACAGAGAGGAUCUGUGUCAUGUCCUGAUCUCCCUCCAUUUUCCUGCUGAGCAUGGGGUAACAGUGUGUGACCAUGGUGGUCACCCAGUUACAGCUGGAACUGUGCUUCCAUGGCAAGAAGCUGAGAGGUUUCACCUGCAAGCUGACCAGGUCAGCCAGUGGAUUUCUCCCAGAGACUUCAUUCUCCAUUGCCUCCCAGAUUUUUGUGCCAUUCCUCCUGGCUGGCUUGGGAAUGGUAGCUGCUGGCCUCUUGAUGGAUGUUGUUCAACACUGGGACGUGUUCCGGACCAUCACAGAAGUGUUCAUCCUGGUUCCUGCCUUGGUUGGCCUGAAGGGAAACCUGGAGAUGACACUGGCAUCCAGGCUCUCCACUGCUGCUAACACUGGACAGAUGGAUGAUGCUCAGAAGCAAUGGAAAAUGGCCACCUGCAAUUUAGCCCUUAUCCAGGUCCAGGCCACCGUGGUGGGGCUGCUGGCUGCUGUGGCUGCUGUGAUCCUGGGAGCCAUCUCCAAGGGCUCUGUGGAGCUGAGCCAGGCUGCUGUGCUGUGUGCCAGCAGUGUGACCACGGCCUUCAUAGCUGCACUUUCCCUUGGUCUGGUGAUGAUUGGUGUGAUCAUUGGAGCCAGGAAAGUUGGGAUCAAUCCAGACAAUGUCGCCACACCCAUAGCAGCGAGCCUGGGAGAUUUGAUAACCCUUUCCCUCCUGGCAGGAAUCAGCAGCACACUCUUCAAAUACAUAGAUGUGAAGUACCUUUCUCCACUGAUCUGUGCUGUAUUCAUUGUCAUGAUCCCUCUCUGGGUUGCCAUUGCCAAGCAAAGCCCAUCCCUGGCUGAAGUCCUGAAGUCUGGGUGGCAGCCAGUCAUUGUUGCCAUGAGCAUCAGCAGCAUUGGUGGGCUCAUCCUGGACAAAACUGUAACUGACCCAAACUUUGAAGGCAUGGCAGUUUUCACACCUGUGAUUAAUGGUGUUGGAGGGAAUCUGGUUGCCAUCCAAGCCAGCCGAAUUUCUACAUUCCUGCACUUCUGGAGCAUGCCUGGAGUUUUGCCAUACAAGAUGAGGCAGAACUGGCCCAACCCAUGCACCACAUUCUUCUCAUCAGGGGUGAAUUCCAAGUCAGCCCGGGUCCUGUUCCUCCUGGUCAUCCCAGGGCACCUGGUGUUCCUCUACACCAUCCACCUGCUGCAGGGAGGCCACACAUCCCUGUCCUUCACCUUUGUGAUGUUCUAUCUGGCUGCUGCUUUGCUGCAGGUGUGCUUCUGCCAAGAAUCAUGUACAUUCUGUAGCUCCAGUAAUACUUCACCCAAAUUGCCAGGCUCUAGUUUCCCACAUGAGCACAACUGUGCUUGGGGUGGGGAUCCUGCUCUACGUGGCCGACCUGAUCGUGCGCCUGAUGUGGAGGAAGGCUCUGGACCCAGACAAUUUCUCCAUCCCCUACCUCACUGCCCUGGGGGACCUGCUGGGCACUGGGUUCCUGGCCAUCUGCUUCCGCCUGGUUUGGCUCAUCCACGGCACAGACAUGAACCUGGGCAAUUGAGAGUCCCUGUGCUGCUCUCAUCCCCCGUGUGGCACGGUGCCAGGUGGGUGCCUGGCACUCUGUGCUGGCUCACCUGGCUGGGCUGGGCCCCCCUGCCACCCCCUGCCCUCCCCACCGUGCCUUACAGCUGGCCCCGAGGAAUCAGCACCCACAAACUCCUGCCCUUGGAGGGGAGCAAAGCGGAUUUAGGGAGCACCCCCUGCUCACAGCUGGCAAAAAGGCAACAAGGAGCAGUUGGGCCACUGGGGGGGGAGGAAGGAAGGAAGGAAGGAGCAUUUGGGCCGUGGUGUCAAUCCCCAGCACUGAGACAGCCCCGAGGCUGCUCCAAAGCCUGCCGAGGUCACUGCGUCUGAUCCUGCAAGUGGAUGUUGCAGCCCCUCCACCAGACUCUGACUUUCCACCAAGGGAAAUUCCUUAUUCACCCCACUUUUCUCCUGCUCCUGGAGUAGCAGAGCAACCAGGUCAGAGGCUCAGGAUCUGAGGCAGUGAGCUGCUGGCUCAUGCCCAGUGGAGGUUAUCUAGGGAUGCCACCCACCUGCCCUGACAGCAUCGCUGGUGUCUGACCAAAAAGCUGGUUAGGUUGCAUUUUGGGGGCAGGAAGGUUUGUUUUUACGGUUUAUGAAAUGUCCAGUAGUUAAAAUGUUUAUAGAAACACACACAUAAAUAAAGUGGGUAAAAAAAAAAAC